GUAGUGUUUUCAGAGGCCUCAAGGGAAGCCGCCGAGGCUUUGGAGAGCGAUGAGAGCCUCUGUCUGUUUCUGAUUUUUUUUGCCUGGCAUAGGUCCGGCGGGGGUCUUGUAGGCCCGUCAAGCCGCUGCGCUAGCCGGGCGAAAGGGUAUCGUUGGUACGGCGACUCGCCGGGCGGGGGGUCUCGUUGGCACGGCGGCUCGCCGGACCUAUGCCAGGCAUUGUAGGGGAAACACUGCGACUAUCGAUCAGAAUUAUUUGUGAUCGAUCAAAAGCCUUAACAAUCAAUCAUUGAUAAUCGAAAAUUGAUGCCCAUCCCUAAUAAUAGCUAUGAUGUUUGGUGUUUUUAUUCAGCUGUAUUGAUAAUAAAAAAAGUAGGGGAGUGUGGUUGUUGUUACUGAAAAAAUUGAUGGCAAAACAGGUAAUAUGAUAGACUUUCGUUGUUCAUUACACUCACCUAGAACUGUCAAGUAACGUCUGACAAAGUGUGACGUUAAUGCAGCCUGUCAGAAGGAAGAGGUGGUUGUUUUACAAUAUUGAAAUAACUAACAUAUGACCAUGGCACGAUAUAGACAUGCUGCCCAGCUCUAACUGAACCUUUCAGCUUUUGCGUUGAUUUUGUACACCGAUCAGCCAAGUGAACGACAUUGCUAAUCUUGUUACAAUGCAGUGCUCUACCGGGAUGCCUCUUGACACGCACCAUCCACCCAAACACCUUUGCAGACCAAGUACACCUCCUCAUGGUAACCGUGUUCCCAGAUGGCAGGACAGUGCGCUGUGCCACACCACAAAAACUGCUCAGAAAUGGCCUGAGGAACAUGACAAAGAGCUCAAGGCAUUCCCUGGCCUCCAAAUUCUCCAGACACCAAUCUGAUCAAGCAUCGAGGGGAUGUGCAGGUAUCCCAGAGUUACCCAAGACCCAUGUCAGGGAUCCCUUAGGCCUGACUUGGCUCUAAUCUGGUGAGGCAUGGACACAGGACUUCUGUGGUGUCUCGCACCAGGGCGUUGGAGUCAUCAUGUGUGUUAUGAGGUCCUACAGAUGCUUUAACGGGUGGGUGACGUGUGUCAAGUGGCAUCCACAUGGAUGCCAGGACUCAAGGUUUCCCAACCGAACAUUGCUAGGUCACAAGAUGAUCAAUGUCGUUCACUUCACCUGUCAGUGGUUGUAAUGUUUUGGCUGAGCAGUGUAAAUAAGUAUACAACUACACAUUCUGUCAUUUUUGAUGUAGUUGCUGUUGAGCCAACGAUAUUGUCAGUACAGCAGGAAGGAGAUGAGCACCAAGAGGAAGGCAGAGGUUCACUCAAGGACAGCAAACAGACCACGCAUCAUGAAGUCUGGAGGCUCCCGCACUGACUCAGAGAGAGACUCUGGGUUCUCAGAUGCAAGCUCGGAGCACAUGAGCACCAUGGACACCACAGACUCGGAGGAUUCACCCCGCCCUGUUGUACAACAUGGACCACAGACCUCUCAGCUGGCUGUGGUGGGAGGCUCCUACUCCAGCCUCUCCCCCAUGAUCAUCAUGAACAACGUCCUUCUCAAGCAGCCUCCAGAUAAUCCUCCUGCUCUGAAGCCCUGGGGGUUCAGUCCUACAGUGGAGGUGGUUCAGCCUGUUGUCCAACCUGUUGUCCAGCCUGUUGUCCAACCUGUUGUCCAACCUGUUGUCCAACCUGUUGUCCAGCCUGUUGUCCAGCCUGUUGUCCAGCAGCCUCAAGUGGUCUUCCUUCAGCCUGUAGUCUCUCGUCAAGCUUCACCCGCCUCCAAAGAAGCCUCAUCUAGACACAGACGCCCUAAGAAGUAUCUUCCAAUCCUGAAAUCCUACCCCAAGAUCGCUCCACAUCCUGGAGACAGCUCCAGUUCCUCAGGGAGAGGAACUGGUUCCUCGUCUUUCUCCAGCACCUCCUCCUCUUCUGGGUCAGAGAAGGGUAGUAGCUUGAUGUCCACCCACCGGGAACACUGUCCGAAAGAGAAGCAGCAGAAAAAUCUGUGUGGUGGUGCCAGUAACUCUGGCUCAACCACUCCCAGUCUUCCUGCUACCCCCAGCACCACGUUCCCUCUGCUCCAGAGCCGACUCUCUCUGCCCACAACAGAAACCAGGGCCAGCAGUAGUCCUGCCAGGGAGAGGCCUUCAUCAGCUGUCAGCCAGGCAGAGUUUUCCACCUCCCUGUCUGUUACUCACACCACUGGCCCUGAUACCCGGAUGGUCAUCCAGGACAACAGCUCACUAGAACAAUAUAACCACAGUGACAGUGAUGCUGAUACCAAGAGGAAGCGCUUCUGCAACACUUACAACAUCCUGAGCAAAUCAGGCCUGCUGGACAUUGCACUGCGCACCAAGGAGCUCCACAGGCUGAACCGACGCACCCAGGGCGACCUAGACCGGCUAAAAGAGCACACAGACCUCUUCCUUCAGGCUCUGUGUAGCGGUGACACCAGCAUCUUUGUAAAGCUGCAGGCCAGUCUUCAGGAGGAAGACGGGGAGAAGGAGAGGGAGAGAGCUGCUCAGACCAGCUUAAAGGCAGAUUAGACCUAGUCUAGUGCUGGGCACUAAUCCUUUAGACUGAGAUGGGGAAAGGCAGACCAGGGUCGGGGGGGCUGGACUGUAUAGAGACAGAUGGACCGAGAGUAAUGUGCUCCACAAUACACACCCACCCUCAGACUCUCUCACACAGUGAGCUGUGGCCUACAUUUUGGCUGCAGGCUGCCUCAGGGCCCUGACACACCAAGCUGACCUCGAAGAAUUAGUGCAGAUGAAGACUUUUUGUUGCACUCACGUCCUGCACUUAAACUCAUAAGACUGCAGCUGGUGGCCAGUUGACUCCCAGUGUGCACACGUUUUGUGCUUAUGUGAGAGGUCAUAUUUUAGUCAGCAGUCUGUGUUUAUAAUCCAGGAACAUCAUGGAAAGAGAAGCAAAGUAGACUAGACUACCUUAAGUGCUGUAUCCUAGGCAACUGGACAUUGCACCUCUCAUCUAAGAGGCUUCUUCUGUUCUGCCAAGCAAGUCCAGUUAACUACGAUGUAACAGUCAAGAUUAUCAUGACCUGGAUGACUGAGAAUCUUUACCAACAAACUAAAUUACCAUUUUUUUGCCACAGAACUCGUAAAUAUAGCUCAGAAUCCAGUGUGCUCAGAUUGUGAACUGAGAAUAUGGGUUUACCACCUUAAAAAAGUUUCAGUGGACACUUUGCUUUGCUGCACCUUGACGUUGUCGGCUAGCAGUCUGUAGUAGUGCUGUCCUGAAUGCCAUUUUUGGGCCUUCAAAGCUUCUGUUAUAAUUACCUGUGACUAUUCAAAGCUUCUAUAUCAUGCAACAGGUCCUGGGGGCGUAUUUAUAUAUGCUAAUCAACCACCCGAACCCAACCCAGCCUUGAAAGGACAUAGUGCUGCUGUGUGUGGGAGAGGUAGAGAGGGUGGAAGGUGGACUAUUGCACGCAGUGUUUCUUUAAGUUAUUAAUAACUUGAACACUGUGGGUCGGGCUGCAUCACUAAAUGAAAAGCAGGUGCUUUACACAGAUAAACAUUCACAAUUCAUGUCACCUUUUCUUUGUCCUUACUGGUGAAAAAACAAAACAAAGCAUGCAAGUACUGAUUUAGACGUUUAUUACCACACCAAGUGAAGCUUUGAAGCAUUCAGGUCAGCCCUCAGUCUUUAGCUUGUGGGAAAAGAACAGAAGUGAAAAAUUGGAAGAAACCCCGUUAAAUCAGCAAAAUCACAGAUUUGCAAGGUCACUGAUACCUCUUGCUAAUUGCUUAAUCAUCAACAAGCUUAAUCAUCCAGACAGCCGCAGAUAAGGUCAACUGGCGCCAUCAGUGAAGGACACAUGCGCGAUGGUCGGCCACACAUUCUAAGCGCUGCCUGGUCACCAGCUGUCGGCUCGGUGUGUUGGGGACCUACAGUCGAACGGGGCCAUAGCCACAACUCACUGUUGUGCCAUACUGAGCCUGACUACAUCUUUUCCUCUGAAGCUGCCUUUCUGCUGCACAGAAAUCUUCUGCUCAUUGGCAAUCAAGACCCUGAGAGAUUUGGAUCCAAAGCAUGAAGCAGUGGAUGAAUACCAAGCUCUUUUGAAAUGCACAGUACAAGCUCCGAAUCAGAGAGCUUGAUUAAAACUCCAAGACUGGACCUGUAAACUUUACCAGUGCAUGACAAGGUGUUCUCAUGUAAAACUGAAAAACAUCAGCGUACUACUCGUCGUGAAAACAGAAUGUUUCACUACAUUACCUGAAUAAGGUUGACGUUUCUGUCGUUUGCAUCAUUCAUGGUAGUCCUCUCAUCUAUGCUCCACUGAUACUGACGUGUUGCUCACCAGACAUCCAGCUAACAGUCAAAGAGUGUACAUAAUCUAAAUUAUUUCACGCAGCAGCUACAAUUGUGUAAAAUCGACGAUUACGAUGACAGGCGUACAGGAAUGAUCUCAUGUGACGUUGAAUGUUGUCCAGGGCCGCCUGCCAGUCAGCAUCUUUAAAUAGACAAACAUGCCUCAAGUGUCUUUCAGUUCCCGCUGCGUUUUAAACUUGAUGUGGAAGAUUUGGCACGUUGACUGUUUUAAGUUUAGCAUUCCCAUCAUGUUGAUGGCAGCUGUAAUACAAAGUGGCUAGAAGUGAAGCUCUUAGGCAUUUAGAUGCUUCCUGAUAACAUCCCACUGUAGAGGGUGCUUCCUAUAGUGCAACCAUAUUUAUCAGUAACUUUUGUAUGAGCUCUGCCAUUUGUUUCAUGUGUGUUUUUUAUAUACUCGGAUGUAAUUUAACGUGGCAAUAUUGUCUGACUUUUUGUUGAGGAUUUGUCUGUUUUCGCCUGUAUGACAUAUUCGUUUUGUGAACCACUAAGACAACCAUGGAGUGAUGGAGACCAGCUCAAGUUUGGGCCUCCUGAGUUUAAAGAAACAAUUGCGUUGUCCAAAUUAGGAACAGUUGUGGAGCUUUGUGAUGCUUGAUAUGAACUUUUUGUAUGUUUGUAAUUAAAUUAUGGCCUUAAUAUCCAAACCCAGUGUAUGUCACAGAAUUUUGCAUUUGCACUAAAAUAAUUUCGGCAGCUAUGGUAGCACCUUUGAGGCAGACUGCGAGUCUUUUUAAAUUACUUGAAGUGCAUUGAGAGGCAUCGUAAGCACACUACCAGUGUAUACAUACUAUUCCUAUAGGACAGCCAUGCCUAACACUUAUUUUUUAUUUUAAUUACGAGCAGUUUCGCAUGUUUUUUCAUAUUCUGUGUCUUUAACUGUGUAAUAAUAUUUGAUGUGAUCAUUCAAACUUUUGUCGACCAAUUCCUUCUCAAUCAGAUGCAAAAACCGCACUAUGUUCUUAGAAUUUAUGUCAAUAUUAUUCCAUCUUAAAGGUCCAGUGUGCAGGAUUUAGGGGGAUACAUUGACAUGAAUAAAACAUAAUAAGUAUUAGAGCUGGGCAGUAUGAAGAUAUUAUAUCGUUAUCGAGAUAUAAGACUAUAUAUAUCGUCCUAGAUUUUGGAUAUCAUCAUGAUAUGGCAUCAUUUGUGGGGGUUUUCCUCCUCGUACUAAAGGCUCAAUUACGGUAAAGUGAUGAAAAUCUAUCAACUUACCAGACUUUUUAUGUGUAUUAACACUUGCCUUAGCCCACGUAGUCGUUAUAUCCACAUUAUUGAUCAUUAUUGAUCACAAAUCAAAUUGUUUUAAUAUUUUCUGAGGAUGCUUUUUGUGUAUCAGAGAGGGUAUUUGGUCAGAAAUACUGAAAUAUUGUAAUGUUUGAUUUCGUCACUGUUCUAGCAUUAAUGAAGUGCUUUUAGGAUGUUUAAAAAUAUCAAGAUAUAUAUAUAUUGUGUAUCGCGAUAUAGCCUGAAAAUACCGGGAUAUAAUUGUCAGGACAUAUCGCCCAGCCCUAAUAAGUACGCUUUCUUUAGUGUAUAAUAACUGGUAAAUAAGAGUCAUUGUGUUUUUGUUACCAUAGAAUUUGCCGUUUAUAUCUACACGGGGAGCCGGUCCUUGUCUAUAGAGUCUGCCAUGUUGCAGCGUGCAUUGACAUUUCUGUAUCAGCCGCCAUAGUCGGCAGCCCCUCUGUGAUAAGCUGGACUGCAGUGGAAGAACAGAUUUUCACCAGUUAAAAUCCUCCGGUCUGUUUGUUUUGGAGAGGAAGAGACAUUUACGGACGAUUCGGCUCCAGGUUAAAAUCCUCCUAAACAGCUGGAUCUUAAGCUAUCAGAGAAAUAAGGUGAGCGCACAUUAGCAGGUGUCACUCAUGUGAAACCUCAAACUGCCUUAUUAAGUGUUUUUACUGGUUUUAAUCACCUGAUCCGUUUCUUUUCGAGAGGAGGAGACACCUGUGGAUAAUUUGACUCCCACUUAAAAAUAUCCUUAACAAUGAAUACUGGAGGAAUUCUAACCAGGAGCUAAUGCUUGGCACAUGGGAGAGGUUUUAUCUGGCUGUUGCUAGAUGCCACUAAAUCCUACACACUGCUCCUUAAAAGGUCCACAAUCUGAUGAUCUGCGGAAAUUAGAUCUUGUCCUGAUACUGGAACAGAAAUAUCAAACGUCAGUGGAGUUUUGGCUGAAAAUAGCACAACAACACCAGUCGUGACUUUCUUCUGUAGGAGGGUUCCUUCUUUGCUGCCAUCAGCUGUUACCAUAGCACAUGAAUUCAUUAGAGAGCGGCUGCCAUCAGCUCACUGUAAAGCUGGGCUCAGUUUACGGGACUGAACUGUAUCAAACCAUAAGUCUGUGUUUCUAUAUGCUCCACGCUGUGUCAUGGUUGUUAUUGCUGUCAUUGUGACAUCAUGUUAUGUGAGCGCAGUUUUUUUUUAGGUUCAACUUUAUAACCCAGGCGUUAACUGACGAGGAGUAAAGACUAGUUUUGCUUGUACAGUCAGACACUUUUUACAACACUGUAAAGUGUGUGAGUUUUUAUCUAAAUGUCGGCCUCAUUUCAUUUUAAAGAUGCUGAAAAUGUUUGUGAAAAGAUUUUGAUUGUUUAAUGAAAAUGUUUCACUUGAAAUGGACAAAAUAAUUAUCACCCCAGAUAAUUACUGGGGUUAUUUUUAUGUGAAACAGGAAGUGUGGUGGAAACACUUCAGUGGAUUGUAUGUAUUCUGGCUCGAGAUUGGAUGUAUUCUGGCUCGCUGGCAAUCAUUUUUCAGUUCUAAAAAUAUAAAUGUAAUGGGACUUAACCAAAACAUCUGUUUCAUGCUUUGCAGUUUGGGACUUGUCAUAAAUAAUAAUGCUUCAGUAUCAAUCAAAGAACAGUAAACUAUGAUGAAGAGGUUUUGCUGUAACAUGCUUUAGGGUUAUUUUUGUACAUUUACAUUAGAGGCUCAUCGCUGGUGUAAUAAAUGUCAUUCCAAAGAAA